AUGUCGCUGCGGGCCGGAUCGACAGUAGGAGAGAGCGGCGGUGUCGUCUCCGGAAUAUCGACAGUCAUUUACCACGAGAAUUACGACAGCAUCACUCUCGACGACAUCGCUGUCGUGCAGCCUUCUGAACCGUUCCCGAUGGGACCGAACAUCCAGAUCGUCAACCUGCCUUCUAAAUUCGGAUACGAGGCCCCCUCAGGCCUCCCUGUUACUGUCGUCGGCUGGGGCUUGGACGGCGACGGCAACCGACCUGAACAGUUGCAGAAAGUGGACCUCUCCGUUGGCAAAACAUCGAUCUGCAAGGACAUAUUUGCCGAUUACAAUCCUGUCACCGAGAGUAUGAUGUGUGCAGGUGCCAUCAACAAGAGCCCCUGCAACGGUGACUCCGGGAGUCCGCUGGUGUUCGGGAGCGUGCAGGUCGGCAUCGCGUCCUGGUGGGACGAGAACUGCGAGUACCCGCAGGCGGUGUACACCAGCGUAGGCUUCCUGCGUCUCUGGAUCCAAAAUAAAAUUAGAGACUAA